AUGGCGAGAUCCAAACCCUCCUCCAAACCCUCCAAAUCACAACCCGCACCCUCCUCCUCUUCCUCCUCCUUGCCGCCGUGGCCCAAGUUCAAACCUCCCCUCCCCGUCGUCGACCUUUUCCCCACCCCGCACCCCCUCACCAACAAAGUCGUCACCCUCGACGCCUUCUUCCCGCGCAGCCUGUGCCGCGACUACGUCGCCCACCUCUCCGCGCUUCCACUGCAGACCACGCCGGGCACGCCCCGCCGCGGCGACGCCGUCCGCGUCAACGACCGUCUACAAACACACGACGCCUCCUUUGCGGUGGCGCUCUGGGAGAAGACGGGCUUGCGGGAGGCACUCCUCCAGGACGACGUCGCGAGUCUAUGGGGUGGUGAGCCUAUUGGGCUGAGUCCGAAUAUACGGGUAUAUCGGUACACAAAGGGCCAGUUCUUUGACUGUCAUUACGACGAGUCCAACAACGUUGCCCUCCAGAUCGACGGCAAGACUGUGCAAGCCCGCACGACAUGGACGCUGCUUCUCUACCUGACGGGCGCGUCCGAGGGUUGCGUCGGCGGCGAGACCGUCUUUUACCCGCACGACCGCCAGUCCGAGGCCGAGGCCAUUUGCGUGUCGCCGCAGACGGGCAUGCUGCUGCUACACAAGCACGGCGACGACUGUCUUUUGCACGAAGGCAGAGAGGUCCGCGCCGGCGAGAAAUGGGUGCUGAGGACGGAUUUGUGUAUUAAGCGCUAA